AUGUCUGCAGAAGCGGCCAAUGCGUUUAUUCGAGAAGUUUGGGGUCUGCAAGGCGCUGCAUAUCUUGUGGUAGGACUUCGUUAUUACAGUCGAAUUUCCACCUUGGGUUGGAGAAAGCUCGCUUGGGAUGAUGCUCUGAUGGGCUUAGCGGUGCUGGUCUACACCGCUGAGUCUGUAGCUGCCUAUUUCGUUGUUGCAUACUGGAAAGGUGUGGCCAACAAUGGCAUGACAGACGCACAACGAGCCGCGUUAGAACCAACAUCAGAAGAGUAUAUGCUACGUGUAAACGGCUCCAAAACACAUGUUAUUGGUCUUUUGUUUUAUACAACUUUGCUAUGGUUGUUGAAAGGAUGCUGGGUCGUCUAUUAUUCUCGCUUGACGGAGGGCGUGCACAAGAUGAAGCGCAUCAUCUUCUGGGCCAUAAUAAUCAUGCCUGCCACCUAUAUCGCUUGUCUAUUCGUUGCCUUUUUCAAAUGUAUACCGUUCGACCAUCAGUGGCAGAUUAAUCCCAACCCGGGCAACUCAUGCCUACCCGCUAUUUCCUUUAUCCAAACAAUCUUCGUUAUGGCUAUGAACACCGUUACCGACUUUUAUCUAAUGGCGAUUCCCCUACCGAUGGUUUGGAAGUCCCACUUGCCGUGGAGGAAGAAGAUCACCCUUCUCAUUAUGUUCAGCGGUGGUUUCCUCGAGAUGGCUUUUGGAAUUCUACGCUGUGUGUCUAUUCUUACAGCUGGCGAGACAGAUAGUGCACAAUCGGGCUACUGGUCUGUCCGUGAAUCGUUCGUUUCUGUCGUGCUCACAAAUAUGCCCAUGGUGUACCCCCUCUUCAAGAGCGUCAUUGACAAGAGUCGAAACGCCAGCACAAACAAAAGCACUACUAUGGGCGACAGCCAAGGAUACCGAUUGGGUAGCUAUCCAGGGAAAAAGGGGCCUCGAAGUCACCCUCUUUCUCUUCCGAACGACACCGCCUGGGGGUCUAAAGAACACAUCGUCACUGACUCCGUCGAGAAGGGGACUGGUUAUGGAGGCGAAGAAGCUUCAAUCGACUCAAGCAAGCAGCCUCAGAGCCCGUACAAUUCCUCAGGAAUAAGCAACACCGAGGUGGUUACAGAUAACAAGCACCACUCUAUGUAG